AUGAGUUUAAAAGAAGUAUUCGAAUCAUCACCGUGGAGGUCAUUUAAAAAAUUCUAUGAAGCUGCAAAGAAUGCGGGAUUUAAUGAUAGAACAGAAAUUAAGAGAUUUUAUGAUGAAAAUAUAGUUCAUCAGGUUAAAGAUGAAUACACUGUCAUUUAUGAAGGAGGUGUGGAUGAUAAAAUUCCUUCUAGAAAUUUGAGAGAAUCGAACCCUACACAUUUAUCGGAACUCGAAAAGGAUUACUGGAAGGAUAAAAAUAAGCCAAAAUUAAUCAAAAAAAUUUUAUGA